AUGCGGAUGUGCCGUUCCGCUUUGCAGUCGACUCGUGUCGGAAGGAGGCUCAGCAACAUCGGGACAUGUCGAUUCUCUACGGGAAUCCGGGGAGGCCGCAUCGAGGAGCGCAGGCUGAGGGCCUUGGUCGUUCAUCCCAGGCUUCCAGGGGCGAAGGAAGCAUUGUUGUCAUGGGAUGCUUCAGAGGCUGUUUCGUUGGCAAGAGCUGCUGGCUGGGACACUGGGGCGCCCUGGGAGGACAAAGGCGAGGCGGCAGCUUCUUCAAGCGAGGAGGAAGACUCCGACGAGCUUUCGGGUGACGUUGAUGCCAUCGACGACGUCGGUGCCUACAUUGCCAGGCUGGAAAGAGUUGACCCACGCUUCUUUUUCCACCUCAAGGAGCUUUGCCGCGUGGCGGUGCAGGUCGCGCGGCAUGGAGCUGACCUCCUUUUCGUGAAUGCCUCCUUGUCACCCGUUCAGCAAAGACAUUUGGAGGCUGCCAUGGACCUUGCGUGGCGUGCCCAGCGGCGGCAGCAGAAACACGACAUGGGCACCUCCGACAUCAAUCAGUCAAGAAUCGCGGUCUUUGAUCGUGCACGAGUGGUUUUGGCGAUCUUUGCGAGAAGAGCCUCCUCGACAGUAGCAAGAUUGGGCAUUGAGCUGGCAGAGGCCCAGGAGGUGAAGGCCAAGCUUGGGGCAGGGAUGGUGUCGGGAGUGACAUCGCAACUGCAGCAAGUUGCUCAUGCACUUGGCAGACUUCCAGGAUGUGACAAGUUGGCUCUUCUGCCGCGAAGUGGGGGCGCACGUGGUGUCACAACUUCGUUCACCUCGUCCCCGCAGAUCACGCGGCAGAAGCAGCAGCGGGCCAUCGACGAGAAGCGGAGCCGCCUUCGCGAGGAGAUUGCGCGACUGCAAUCGGCGCGAGGUAGCCGCCGUCAGCAGCGUUCGCGUGACGAGAGACAAACGAUUGGUCUGGUGGGGUAUACAAACGUUGGAAAGAGCGCAAUCGUCAAUCGUCUCACGAGCUCCGAUCUCCUCGUGGAGGACGGUGUUUUCGUUACUCUGGAUGUGGCAUCCCGCCGCUGCGUGCUGCCAUCUGGCCGGGAGUGCUACGUGUUGGACUCCGUCGGCUUGAUUCAGGGCUUGCCGAUUAAUGUCUGUGAAGCCGUACAGGCGACCGUGCAGGAGAUGCAUGAAGCAGAUGUGGUUCUGCACGUGCGGGACAUUGCACAUCCUGCUCGAGAGGAGCAGGCUGAAUUGGUGCGUGAGGUGCUGGCAGAUGCGAAGAUAGACAUGGAGAGGGUCGUCGAGGUUUGGAACAAAGCAGACUUAGUCAUGCAGAAGGAGGUUCGCCACCUCCAUUAUCUGCACCAACAGAAGGACCCAACGCCGGUUUACACAGUGAGCGCGCUGACAGGCUCCGGUUUCCCCCAGUUCUUGGAAGGUUUGCAGAAACUGAUGGAGGACUUGGCAAUCAAAGCUGUGCCUGGUUUCCAGUCCUCGAACGCCGUUCAGGUUCCACAAAGUGGAUGGUGCACUGUUCGGAUGCCACAAGAUCUGUCCAAGAACCAGGCUUCUGAUCUUUGGGCAUUCCUCCACAGCGACUCAGCUGCAGAUGCAUCAGUGAGCACUGACGAGGUCACAGGAGAAGUUCGGGUCACGGUCCGAAUGAGCGAUUCUGCAAGAGCCAGGUUUUUGAAGAGGUUUGGACCUGGCAUGCUCAGCUGA